GUUCUAUUAAGUAUAAUAUUUGAAGCUGUAGUUGGCAGAGGCUGAUUUGACAUUGUAUUAUAAUAGGCAAGUGCUUUUCUUAUAUCCUAUUCUAGGAUAACUGUAUUUUGAAUAUGAGUACUUACAUUCGUAGAUGUAAUUUAUAACUUCUUCAUGAGGACGUGAGAUGCUUUUGUGCCUGUUAUGUGUUGGCGAGGACUUUUUCUGGAAGUCGUUAGUGGGAAAAGUAAAGUCUAUCAUAACUCCACUGUCCAAAUGGUUCAGAAAACAGGAUGAUGACAGCCAGAUAACAAGGAAGCGAGAUGAAAAUGAACUGGAAGAUGAUAUGUUGCAAAUGCAGCCUCCUUCAAAACGUGUGAAGCUGCCUAAUGACAUACAUGGAAACAACUGCAACAACAAUACAUCAAACAAGUUACCACCCAGUGAUAUAUCCUCAUUUAGAAACUUUACCAAUUUUCCAGAACCUGUUGCUGGCCCAUCUGGAAUCAAAUGUAGAAAAACAUUCAUUUCUCAUACCUCAUACACUUCUGAAACGUUGAAUGGUCAUAAAGAUUCAGAUAGUGAGGAUUCUACUAGUGGAUAUUCCUCAGUUGCUAGAAUUGGCAGUAGGGAGCAGGUCUGUCAGAGUUUAGAAAGCUCCAAACAACCAUCACCAACUCAGCAUACCAUCAACAUUAUUAAUAACAGUUCAAGGUGGCCAACUAAGAAAGUGAGGUACUGUAUCUGUGAACCUAUCCAUCAUAGAGGCUUGCAGCAAAAACAAUUACAGGCGUCCCUCGUUUUACGCGGCAUAUUUAUACGCGGUUUCGCUUACACGCUUUUGCGCUUUUGACACCAGUGAUUUAUUUUACGCGGUUCACUUAUAAGGUUUUUAACCGGACGAAACUUAUAAAAUCGACAUUAAAUGGCUGCUGGUAAAACUUAUGGUCAGAAGUUGUGAAGUCUCAUGCGAAGGUACCUGAUAUCAGAGACGAAAUCAAAGACAUUGCUGAUUUAGGAAAGUCAUUACCUGGAGAGGGAUUCGAUGAUAUGAAUGAGGACGAUAUAAAUCAGCUAUUUGAAUCGCGUAAUGUUGAAGUCACUGAAAGAGAACUCAUAGCACUGACGGAGAACUAUUAUGAAGCUCAAGAAAAAAAGGUGAAGAUGAUGAAGGAGUUGACGUUGAAAACGCUUAAUAAAUGUUUGACCAUGGCACACGAUCUCACCGAGCUGUUAAUCAGGGAAGAUCCUAC